UACGCAUCCGCGGCUACGUCCGAAAGGAUCGCGGCGGUUGUUCGGAACGGAUCGCUUUUAUUCGAACAUAUACUUUAAUCCGGACGAGUAAUGCCUUAAAUAAAUUUUAAUGAAGAAAUAUAAUUAAUAUUUGCCACAUAAAUAUUUUCUAUCAAGUGACUGUGAAGAAAUUAUGUUUUCAGUGAUUUGAAACUUGAUUAAGGAGGAAAAUAGAAGAAAAUUUGUGAAAAUUAUGUGGUUAAGAACGACAACUUCUAAUAGAAAUCUGCAUAAUAUUGUGGAACUUAUAAGUAAAGUCAACCCGUACAAAACCAGUCUUCGGUAGUCCAUCGACUUGCAACAAUCAUGGAAGGAAGAUUCAAAGUAUCGUCUGUAGAUUCAGAAUGUAAAAAGAAUGGUAUACAUAUGGGGGCGAAUAUCAUAACGCGGCCACUAAGGAAUUCAGCGGAGACAGCUGAACGUGGUGUGUCCCCUAAUGCUCAACCUGAUACUUGGCUUCAUGAUGCCGGCUGGCGAAGAAAGAGAUCACUUGCGCAGCUCACAAGAGAAGCUUUACCCAGAAUGGAAAACUACAGAAAUUCCAAAAGAGCGCUGAAAAGGCCUAGUCUUGGAGAGUUGCAUGGAGACCAUCUUAUUACGGAAGAGGACGAGAAAAAUCAAAGGGACACCAAAUCGCCGACUCCCACUGUGGGCAUUAAAUUAGGAUGGAUUCAAGGCGUCCUUAUACCAUGUCUCCUGAACAUUUGGGGGGUGAUGCUCUUUCUGCGGAUCUCUUGGGUGGUGUCGCAAGCUGGCAUCGGAUUGUCAUUAGUUAUCAUCGCCAUAUCAGCUGUGGUGUGUGUUAUAACAACAUUGUCAAUGAGCGCCAUAUGCACAAAUGGGGAAGUUAAAGGAGGUGGUAUAUACUAUAUCAUAUCAAGAUCGCUGGGACCGGAAUUCGGAGCCUCUGUCGGCAUAAUUUUUGCAUUUGCCAAUGCUGUAGCGGCUAGCAUGAACACUAUCGGUUUCUGUGACUCUCUAAAUGAUCUGCUAAAGAGUAAUGGCUUGAAGAUCAUUGACAAUGGAACUAACGAUGUCAGGCUGGUGGGCGCCAUAGCGCUUGUCGUUAUGUGCAUUAUUUGUGCUGUUGGUAUGGAUUGGGAGAGUAAAGCACAGAAUUUUCUAAUUGCAAUAAUAAUCGGAGCAAUGGUCGAUUUUAUAGUAGGGACUAUAAUUGGACCAAAGAGCACUGAAGAGAUAUCGCAAGGAUUUGUAGGUUUUAGUAGUACAAUUUUCUCGGAAAACUUUGGGGCAGAUUUUCGGUACAGCGAAGGACUGAAUCAAGAUUUCUUCAGCGUAUUUGCCAUAUUCUUUCCUUCAGUGACGGGGAUUCAAGCUGGCGCUAAUAUUUCUGGAGAUCUAAAGGACCCCGCUUCUGCAAUCCCCAAAGGCACUCUUCUGGCGUUGCUGAUCUCUAUGUUAAGUUAUGCCCUGAUGGUGCUAUUCUCCGGGGGCGGAGCGCUGCGGGACGCUAACGGAAUGACAAGCCUUAUCGUCAACGGAACCUACAACAUCAGUGAAAUUGGCGACUGCAUGUAUACUAAUGGUACUUGCAAAUAUGGACUGCAUAAUAGUUAUUCGGUUAUGCAACUGAUGUCGGGAUGGGGUCCACUGAUCUACGGGGGCUGCUGGGCGGCAACUCUGUCCACUGCUCUUACAAACCUGCUGUCGGUGCCUCGACUAAUUCAAGCUCUUGGAGUCGACCGUAUCUACCCCGGCCUCAUCUUUUUCUCCAAACCUUAUGGCAAGCAUGGAGAGCCUUACCGCGGAUAUGUGCUAACCUUCCUGGUCUCUUUGGUCUUCCUUCUUAUUGCUGAUUUGAACACUAUUGCUCCUCUUAUCUCAAAUUUCUACCUAACAUCGUACGCAUUGAUAAAUUUCUGCACAUUCCACGCGGCACUUGUUCGCCCUCUCGGCUGGCGACCUACUUUCAGAUAUUACAACGUAUGGCUGUCUCUGCUCGGUUUCCUGAUGUGUGUUGCAAUUAUGUUGCUCAUCAGUUGGAUCAUGUCGCUCGUCACAUUCGCCAUAUUCUUCACGCUCUACCUCAUCGUGCAUUAUCGGAAACCAGAUGUUAACUGGGGUAGCAGCACCCAAGCGCAAAUGUAUAAAACUGCAUUAUCCAGUGCCCACAACCUGGCCCGCACAGGGGAACACGUUAAGAACUAUUGGCCCCAACUGUUAGUGUUAGCGGGGACCCCGCAGACCAGACCGGCGCUUGUUGACCUCGGAUACCUUAUCACUAAAGCUGGAUCAUUAAUGAUUGUUGGGAACAUUUCAGAGAAAAAGCUGUCAUAUAAGGAGCAAUCGUCCCGCAACCGAUCAGGGGAUGAAUGGCUUCGUGGACGUAAGGUCCGAGCUUUCUGCAGCGCUGUCAAUGGGUUCAACUUCGAGCUUGGCGCGAGAGCACUUAUGCAGGCCGCUGGUGUUGGACGAUUGGCUCCCAAUGUAUUGCUUAUGGGGUACAAAUCCGACUGGACCACUGCACCAGCACACGAUCUUGUAUCAUACUUCAAUGUGUUACAUACGGCAUUCGAGAACCGCCUGGCGGUGGCGAUAGUGCGCGUAGCUGGCGGGCUGGACCACGGCACGGCGGUGGAGGAGGCGACGGCCACGCCGGCCGGCGGGCACACCGCCACCUCCAGCGGCAGCGGAGACCUGCGCGUGCGCCGCGGGCCCUCCAACAUUAUGCACGCAGACUCUGACCUCGACAUACGCUCGCCAGACUCGCAGCCCACCAGCAGGAACAAUCUCACUAGUUUACUAAAUAUGCCGAUAACACGCUCCUACACGAUAUCUGAAAAAGACACCAAAGAGAAGAAAAAGGAUAAAAAAAUGGAUUUCCACAGGCAAAUUGUAUAUAAAACAUCCAACGGGCUCGAAAUAUCAAAGGAUCAGUUGUCACAAAUGAGCUUAUUCCAGAAAAAACAGGAAGCGGGCACUUUAGACGUAUGGUGGUUAUACGACGACGGCGGUCUCACUAUCCUAUUACCUUAUAUUAUCUCUCAGCGGUCAUCUUGGGCCAACUGCAAACUGAGAAUCUUCGCCCUUGCCAAUCGACGUCAUGAAAUGGAGCUUGAAGAAAGAAAUAUGGCCAACUUGCUUUCUAAGUUCCGAAUAGACUAUUCGUCAUUGACAAUGGUGCAAGAUAUAACUGAGCCUCCACAGGAAGACACGAAGAGAAUGUUCGAUGAAAUUAUAAAGAAAUUUGUCGGAGAAAAUGAAGACUAUUGUAUCAACGAAACAGAGUUGCUAACGUUAGCGGAGAAAACAAACAGACAGCUGCGGCUCCGCGAAUUGUUGCUGGCCAACUCGAAGGAGGCGCGGCUGGUCGUUAUGUCAUUGCCUAUGCCCAGAAAGGGUUCGGUGUCAGCCCCGCUGUACAUGGCGUGGCUAGAGAUGCUGAGCAGGGACCUUCCUCCGGUCCUAUACGUCAGAGGCAACCACACGUCGGUGCUCACCUUUUAUUCUUAAAAUCAUUUAAGUAAAUAUUAAUAGUGAUCGCUGUUAUUUAACCAAAGUUUUUGAAACUCUUAGCUUAUUCUUCUUGACUGUACUUAUUGUAUUGUUAUUUCUAAAUUUAAUUUUACUUAUAUUGAAUGAAAAUAAUCGUGUAGAUACAUUAUUAGGCAGGUAAACUAUUUUAGAUAAAUAAACAGCUAUAAUGUACUUAACUUGCAUUAAACAGAGCUAAGUGCAGAAUUAAAGUAAUUUACAUAAUUAAAUUAUGUUACAGUUAUUUAAUUCUAGGUAGGUAGAGAUAGUUAAUGUCAAUUUUUAAUAUGACUAAGUAUUAGAUACUUUCUAAUAAUUUUACACUACUAGUUUUAUAAUUGUAUAUAUUAAAUACCUAAUUAAUGAAAUUAAUUAUAUAUAAUAAGAUUAAUAAGAACCAAAUUACUAAAUAAAAAUAUAUCCAAAGACACAAUGAACAAACUUUUUUUAUUAUUAAAAUAAGUACAUAAAUAAUCAAGUUUUAGUAGGGCCUAAUGUAUAAUAUUUAUUGCUUUUUUUUAACUUUCAACGUAUCUCUCUACAAAAUUAAAAACAUUGAGUGGACCGACAUUAUACAAAUAAACCAACGUGAAUUGUAUAACAAACUAUAUGAUAUUUACAAGAUUACUGUAACCUGUACUAACAAAUUACCUGUGAGCAUUACAUGUAAAUUGUUAUUUAAUUUUAUACAAAAGUUACAACGUAAUAGGUUCGUAGAUCUUCUGUGUAAUUCCUCCCGAAAAUAAUUAAAUUGUACAUCCACUAUACAAGUUUUGUCAAUAUAAAGUCGUAAUAGUGAAAACAACAAAACGCGUAGCAUAAAAUUCGUUUUGAUUGUAACUUAAAUUAAUUGUAGUUAUAAAUAGAUUAUAAUUUUUAUUAUAUUUUUAAUAUUUAUAAAUUAUAUUUUAAAGUAAUUUACUAAUAUUAGGCAUAGAAUAAAUAUUACCUUAAUAUUUUUUCUAUACUUCAGUAAUCUUUUGUACCCCUGCUGUACAAGACGUAAACAAGAUGUAAACAAGAUGCCAACUAUAAGAUUUAUUUUUAAGGACGAUUUAUCUAUAUUGAGUGAGGAUAUGAAAUAUUAUAUGAUACAAAUUUAUGAUUUUAUACGUUUCUCAGAUGAUGGAGGGCAUAAACGUAUAAUAUACUCACUCGAUAAAUCUUCUUAGACAUUAAAAAUUCCUUCUCUCCAAACCGCAUCCAUAAUAAUUUUGGGAUACAAAUGUAAAUCUGUAUGUAAUUAUAUAACAAAUUGUAACAACAAGUACAAGACAAUAAAACC